GGACCUUCUGAAAUAUCUAGUUUCCUACAGCAAUGUUAAACACUCACUGCUUAGCAUGUGCCUAGCAUAACAAUGUAAGUAGCGCAGUGUUCUAGCUAGAUAGGUUAUGUUAAGGUUAAACCGGAGUAAACCUGCAUCGACACACACGUGACGUUUCUGCAUAGUGAAUUCUAAUUGGAACUAAACAACCCAACGCUCCUCCCCCUUCCCCUUUAAAAACCGAAGUCCGCGCAGUAGCGCUGCUGACAGAAUGUAGGGAUCAUUUGAGGGAAGUUUGGAUGAAAGGUUUCUGUACACCGGUAGUUAUCGCUUUGCUGGAACUCUACACUGUUUUUAACCGCGGUGUUAAACUGGACCGGCCUGAUGAUUCUGUUUUUAUUCUUAUUUUUGUAUUGCUUUUUUUACGCAUCUGCAGAUGUACACAUGCUGAAUUACUUCUACACUGCAGUCCCAGCAGGAAUCAAUUUCCCAGAGUUCAUAGCUUUUGCUGUGUUCGAUGAAGAACCGAUUAUGUGCUACAAGAACAGCAAUAGUGGGGCUCUCGACAUAUCAAAAUGGAUUGAAAAUUGUGAGACUGAAAACUACUGGAAGAGUCUGAUGCAGGACAUGCAGAACAAUCAGGAUAACUUUAACAAGACAUUUGUAACGGUACUAAAUGGUUUUAAUCAUGGUAAAGGAAUUCAUACACUACAGAGGAUUUACGGCUGUGAGCUUCAUGAUGACAACACCACAAGAAGAUACGAUCAGUACAGUUAUGAUGGAGAAGAUUUCAUGGGUUUUAAUGUCUUAAAUGCCACGUGGACUGUAGCUAAUGAUAAUGCGAGGACAAUUGCACAGAAGUGGGAUGCUAAUGGUUAUACUAGAUAUUGGAAGAACUUCCUGGAGAAUGAUUGUAUUGAUCAGUUACAGAAGUUUGUGUCUUAUGGCAGAGAGACUCUGGAGAGGAAAGUUCAUCCUAUAGCGUCAGUGUUCCAGAAACACUCUUCUCCAGAGGUGGUGUGUCAUGCUACAGGUUUCUUCCCCAAAACAGUGAUGAUCACCUGGCAGAAGGACGGAGAGGACGUGCAUGAGGACGUGGAGCUCAGAGAGACGUUACCCAACCAGGAUGGAAGCUUCCAGAAGAGAAGCAUUCUGACAGUCUCAGCUGAGGAUCUGCAGAAACACACCUACACCUGUGUGAUUCAGCACAGCAGCUUGAAGAAGGAGAUGGUGCUAGAAGUACCAAAAGAUGGAGGGUCAGGUGGAGUGCUGGUCGUCAUUGGCAUUAUUGUAGUCCUGGUUCUCAUUGCCAGUGGUGUUGGAUUUCUUAUCUGCAAUAACAACAACUCUGGUGGAGUACAGAAUGUCAUCAUCCCUGGUGGAGUCUCUGUCACUACAUCCAUGUUUGUCUUGUUGGUGUUGCUGCGAUUUUUAUCUGGAAGAAGAAUGACCAGGUGGAGUGAAGACUGCCAUCGCUGGUUUCGUUGUUGGUCUCAUGUGGAAGUCUCGAGAGAGGAGGAGGGAGAUGGAGUGUAGCGAUUAAGGGUGACCGUGUACACACACACACACACAAAUUCCAGUGGGUAAUCUUGUAAGACUUUGUUCUUGUAUUUGGAUUGAGGAGCUUUUUUUUAUUGUGAAUCUGUUCUUGCCAGGUUUUGGAGUAACACUUCUCAGUGAUGGUGCUUAUAGCAAGAAAAGCAGCCAGUCUUUAUGUCUUUAAGGGAGUUAGAUGAAGAUUUAUUCCUUCAAUGGAAAGCAGGACAGUCUUUCUAUUUUGUGGUCAUAUGUCUUGUUUUGUACAAAGAAAUGCACUAAUGUAUUCCAUGAAGUUUCUAAAGUAUUUAUCUUAUCUGAAGUUGUUCAAGCUGCUAAUGAAUAUGAACAAACUCACUUGUUUUGACCUCCUCGAUCUAUUUGGGGAAAUAUCCAAAGGCUGAGCUGAAAAAGUGCAAUAUUGUUCGGAUGUUCUUUUGGCUGCUACUUGAAAAUUAGGACUUCAAGUGUGUCCUGAGUCUGAAUCAUUUGAUGCAUAUGUAUAUCUGUAGCUUAUAUUUGUUAAACUAGUGUUUAUCAUGGAAACGUUUUUUUUUUUCUUAUUUAUUAUUUCUUCACAUAUGUCUUCUGAAAGGAAGUUCUCUUAUAUCAUGUACUCUCUUACAACUAAUCUAUAAUUCCUGAGGUACAAUGGAAAUCUAACAUCUUCUGACCUCCAGUAGCGUUUACCCCUUAUUGAUAACUAUUGCUUCUAGCCUUUUUUUUUUUUUUAAAGUGUUGUUGAAGCUAAAUUAUUGUAUUUUUAUACUUUUAUAGUCCUACAUGCACACCAAUCAGCCUUAACAUUAAAACUACCUAGCUAAUAUUGUGUAGAUCUGCCUUAUGCAGCCAAAACAGCUGUGACUGUCGAGGUAUAGACUCCAUAAGAGCUCUGAAGGUGGGCUGAGGUAUCUGGAACCAAGACGUUAGCUGCAGAUCCUUUAUGUCCUGUAAGUUGUGAGGUGGGGCCUCCAUGGAUCAGACUUGUUUGUACAGAACAUCCCACAGACGCUCAAUCGGAUUGAGAUCUGGGGAAUUUGGAGGCCAAAUCAACACCUUGAACUCUUUGUCGUGUUCCUCAAACCGUUCCUGAACAGUUUUUGCACUGUGUCAGGGAGCAUUAUCCUGCUGAAAGAGGACGCUAACAUUAGUGACUACUGUCACCAUGAAGUUUACAAUGUUUAUGUAGGAGGUACAUGUCAAAGUAACUUCCACAUGAAUGCUAGGACCGUGUACAGGGGUCAGCGUGGGCGCUCUGACCAGUCUGUGGCUACCCGUGUCCAUACACAGCAAACUGUGAUCUGUGUGUUCUGACUCCUUUCUAUAAGCAUUAACAUUUUCACUUAUUUGUACUACAGUAGCUCUUCUGUGGGAUUGAACCAGCCGGGUUAGCCUUUUCUCCCCACGCACAUCACUGAGCCUUGGGCGCCCAUGACCCUCACCAGGUCACCAGUUGACUCACCAAGUUACUUCUGUAUUAUUUUGACUGGAUUGCAGGAGCCAGCUUUGCAUUUGAAAAAGCAAUUUCUUUUCUUGUCUUUUUGAAUGAAGUGUAUACCUGUGUUUUUAUUUCAGGAAUUUUAAUAGUAAUGAGGUAUUGUUAAGGAUCAGAUCAAAUGUAAACUUGUAUUGAUGAAGUUAAUGUUGUUUUGUAAUUGUUUAGAACUGCCAAUUGUUUUGCUACAUUUUAUGUCAGCA